UACACAUCCAAAUUCUUCAGGAGCUGCAGGAUCUGGAUCGGGGCCGUUACCGUUGCCACCUGACCUGGUCAAGGGGCACUCAGCCUGACUAAUUUUCUGACGAACAAUAAUAAUGUGGGCGGAACUUGUUUGGAUUAUAUGCAGCAACAGAAUCACAUCUUUGUCUUCUCUACGCAGUUGGCUAAUAAAGGCGCCGAGGCGGUGCUGAGCGGACAAUAUCAGACAAUCAUUGCAUACCAUUGCACUCAGCCAGCGACAAAAACAUUUCUGGAGGAUUUCUUUAUCAAGAAUCCAAUGAAAAUGAAUAAGUUACAGCGUCAAAAUUCGCUUAGUGGAUUGGGUAUAUUCAAUAUGCCUGGUGUUCAAAACUCCUGGGCUCAAAAUUCAUCAGCUUCUGCCAACAUCAAUUCAAAUGCGAAUGCAAACGCGAGUCUUGCAAAAAUACUGCAACCACCGUCACAGAAAUUGGGUGGGCUCAAAAAUCUCUUUAAUAGCCCGACUGAUAAUACACAUAAAGGCAAUAAUAAUUUUGCUGCUGAUCCAACGACAGGCGAUGCGUUGGUGAAUGAGAGUGAAAUCAUGUGCUGGGAUACAGACAACCGAAAUAAUUUGGAUGGAUCAUCACAACCUAGUGAGUCGCAAAGCUUAAAACUGAUGGAAGGCAUUGAAGGCGUAGGUACUGUUGGCAGUGGAAGGAAAUGCAGCAACAAUGAACUGAGUCUGAGCGUUGACAACAAUAUUAUAUCGCUGCAGGGUGUCAAGGUGCCGGAUGAGAAUCUAACACCGCAGCAACGACAACAUCGUGAGGAGCAAUUGGCCAAAAUAAAAAAGAUGAAUCAAUUUUUGUUCCCAGAAAAUGAUAAAACCCAGAAUGACUCGGCCAUGGCAAAUUUAAUGAUGAAUAUGCAACAUGGCAACCCAUCGCAACAGAUAAGACAACAGAUGCAUCAAAAAUCUGAGCACAUUCAGUUAGGAACGGAGGAUGUAUUGAUGCCAAUGACAAUGCCACUGCCAGCCGAUGUUAUAGGAGAUAUCGGUACGGUUGUUACGUGUUCCCAAAAAAAUAAUCUUUCGUGUGGAGGAGUGGCUUCAUCGAGUCCAGUAGCAACACCAGGCGGAGCAGGAGUGAAUAGUCUGACUCAAAAUACAAAUUUGUUGACAACAAACUCGCCUGAUAUGGUAGCAUCCUUCGGAAACUCUAACUGCCACAAUAUUAUGAACGUUGGUAGUGUUGGACUUGGUGUCACUGUCGGAGACAAGGUCGAUGGUCUGACGUUACCACAAGCUGGCAACCAAAUGACUCAAUUAGAAUGGAACAAAAUGCAGCCAUUUUUUGAGGAUCGCUUGAAAGUCGGCAAAGCGACUGCGUCUCGUCCAUCCGGCCUAGGUCCAGUUCCAGGGGCAGGCACAGUCGCUGUGCAGCAGCCGCCUAGCAGUGGAUCUUCCACUGCUUCAAUAAGUAACUCGUCAAAUCAAUCAAUACGCAAUAAUAUUGUUCAAGGACCGCCACCUCCAUACCAUCCAACACAGAGAUCGGCCUCGGUGCCGAUUGCAACGCAAUCGCCAAAUCCAUCGAGUCCCAACACUCUCUCGCUGCCUUCGCCUCGCACAUCUGGAGGCACAUUGGGAUUGCCCACAAAUUCACCGAUCAUGGAUUUACCAGCACUAAAUUCGUCAUCGACUGGAGCCGUAUCAUCCUCUGCCGCCUCUGCACCGAAAAGCUGCUUCCAAUCUGGUGGCGAAUCGCCAUCAUCGAGCCGUAAUCGUGGUGCCAUUAAUCAUCUCAAUAGUAAUCCGACCACACCGCUAUCUCACAUUUCUCCCAAGGAACUUGAAUCAUUCAAUCCCACUACAAAUUCAGUGGAUUCAAAAACGACUCGGCCAAGUCCACAACGAACACGAUCUCCUUCCAAUGCAGUAACAAAUGUCAACUCUGGCGGAAACCACCAGGUAGAGCAAACUAAUAUGGAUGUGCGAUUUCCGUCAUCGAGUCCAGGUCUCAAUUUCAAUGCUCAGCUCGGACAGCAUUUGCAGGGAAGUACAAGCAACGUAAUGAAUGCUUUUAAAGGAUCUAAUAACCCACUUGAAAUCAAUCGCCAGAACUGUGGACCACCUAUGCCGCAGUUUAGUCGACGUUCUGAUAAUAUGCCACUGAAUCCAAACAGCGCUAGUAAUCGAUCAGCUCCAAAUGCAAAGAUAUCGCAGAGCUUUGAUCCAAUUUCGUCAUUGGCACAAAUGUCACAGCAGUUAACCAGUUGUGUGCCUGGUGGUGUGGGUGGUAGUCCUGCCGGCGGGAUGAAUAUGCUUGGUACGCCUGACGUCAAUAUGGAGCAUAGUGGCAUGAUGUCUGCUGUUGCCCUAAUAGAUGCCACCGAAAUGGAUCAUAUGAAUCACAAUACAAAUAGCAAUACAUGCCAUUCAGCGAAUACAGUGCUCAAUCCUGUGAUGGGUCAACGCAUGCUGAAUCCAAAGAUGUGUGGCUUUAAUACGAAUGCUGGGCCUGGCCCUGUUUCCAAUAAUAGUAGCGGAUCGCUGACCAUGGCUGGACCAGGAUUUCAUGGCAUAUUGCCAGCUGGCGCAACUCGUAUGAUGGGUCGCAUGCCACACGUCAACUUUGGACCCAAUUUUAAUGCAAAUAUUCAGGUGAAGGCUAGUACACCCAACACAAUACAAUAUAUGCCAGUGCGUCCACAUAAUAACAAUAGUGGAAAUGGGAAUGGAAGUGGAAGUAAUGUCCGUGUCCCCAAGCUUGAGUUUCUCCAACGCUAUGCAAACCCUCAAAUGGCAGGCGGUCCACCAAUUGGUCAUGGUAUUGGCAAUGAUGUGGGAGCAAUAAUGAUUGGACCAGGUUCCGGUUCGAUGAAUGUAAGCUCGUCCAAUGAACAACAGCAGCAAAUACAUCAACAACAACAGCAACAACAGGGCAAUAACAAAAUACUUAACAGUCCCAAUAAUAGCAACGGAAUUGGUAUGAAUUUUUUUCAAAAUUGCAAUCAACUGCCUGGCCUUGAUGACGAAGUAGGGGCUGCUGUGGUAAGUGGUGGGCAAACAUCAAUGAUACGUGGCAUGCGGCCACAAGGAGGUAUGCGACAACACACACAUGGGAUGAUGGCACGAAUGCAAGCUCCUAGCAGUCGACAGCAAGUUCAGUUUGGAGGCAUCAAUCCAGAUGGAUUGGAGUGUAACAACGAUCCGGCAGCAGUAUUGUUUAAUAAUAGUUCAAAUGCGGCUGCAUUAUUUGCGGCAAAUCAACAUCAACAGCAGCAAGGCCAAUGUAAGCAAUUACCUUCACAUCAAAAGCCAGUAAUGCCCUCGGGAUUGUGUGCUAACGUUGGCAUGCAAGGCGGCCCGCCAGCGGGACAGGGACAAAAUCACUCCCAUCCGGUAAUGGGUGCACCUAACAGCGGCAACCUGAUGUCAACUGCAGCAGGCAACGGUGUUGGUGGUGUCAAUUUUGUUGGUCCCUCGUCGAAUGAUUUGAAGUAUGCACAACAAUAUCAUAGCUUUCAACAACAACUUUAUGCAACGAACACUAGGAGCCAGCAACAAAUUGGAGGCGUUGGAGGUGGCAAUAUGAUUACUAUGCCACCAAAUUUAUCACCAAACCCCACUUUUUUUGUCAGCAAAUAAUAAAUAAAUUAAUUAGAAGUUCUACUUUAAGCAAUUGUGCAUUCAGAGUCAUUCUCCCAAAAUAGUAAUUUUGUCAAUCAAAUUAUAAAAAUUUGAGCAGCGUAGUUUGUCAAUAACAGUCAGCACAUUACAAAUAAACAUCAGAUUGACAGAUGGUGAAAUCUAUCUGACAGUAUACUAAAUUUAUAUGGUAAAUAAAGUUUAAAAAUAUGUGAAUGUAUGAAUAGAAAAUACGGAGCGAACCGUUGCAGCUUCGCAAUAUGUCGUAUUUGUUGUAAAGCACUCUGUAUUAAAUGCAAAUAAGCAAAAAUGUAGCUAACAUAAUACUUAACGUAUAUCUCAUACACAUACUUAUAAAUAUACGUAUUAUUAUGAAUGUUGAGAUAAUUAAGUAAAAGUAUAAUAUUUCUUCCAUUAAAUACGAAAAGAAAUUACUCUAAAAAA